GGCAAAACGCAACUCGUGGCACUCAUUUUGGCACGUUGCGUCGGGGCGUUUGGUGGCGACGUCAUCACCGCGCGACGUCGGUGGCGCCGCCGUUGCUGCGCAGUCGCUUGUUUGGAAUUUUCCACCAGAUUCUCCCACAGAGUGGCGAAAGUUGCGUUUGCGGCUUUGCGCCGACAUUAGCGCCGACGUCAGAACCGGUCCCGAGCCGCCUGGAUCGCCUUUGCUCGCUCCCGCCGAUGGACUACGCGAGAGGUUCGGUGGAAGGCUCGCUGCUGGCAGCCAGCAACGUCCCGGCCUUCCUCAGCAAGCUGUGGACUUUGGUGGAAGACCCCGACACGGACCCGCUCAUCUGCUGGAGCCCGAGCGGAACCAGCUUCCACGUAUACGAUCAGGGUCGCUUCUCCAAAGAGGUCCUGCCCAAGUUCUUCAAGCACAACAACAUGGCCAGCUUCAUUCGACAGCUCAACAUGUACGGCUUCCGCAAGGUGGUCCACAUGGAGCAAGGCGGCUUGCUGAAGCCCGAGAGAGACGACACGGAGUUCCAACACCCCUUCUUCGUCAGAGGCCAAGAGCGCUCGCUGGAGAACAUCAAACGCAAAGUCACCAACGUGUCCUCGGCGCGUCAGGAGGAGGGCAAGAUCUCGUCUCACGAGGUCAGCAAACUCCUGAAUGACGUGCAGGCCAUGAAGGGAAAGCAGGAGACCAUCGACUCCAAAAUCCUCGCCAUGAAACAUGAGAAUGAGGCUUUGUGGAGGGAGGUUGUGAGUCUGAGACAGAAGCACGCUCAGCAGCAGAAAAUGGUCAACAAGCUGAUCCACUUCCUGGUGUCGCUGGUCCAGUCCAACAGGAUCAUGGGAGUCAAGAGGAAACUCCCACUGAUGCUCAACGACUCCGGCUCCGCCCACUCCGUCCCCAAAUACGCUCGCUCAUUUUCCUUGGAGCCCGCGCAGGCCGCUCCCACCGUCUUCCCGGCGGAAUCCUCCGUGGGCUCCGGGCCCAUCAUCUCUGACAUCACGGAGCUGGCCACGCCCCCUCCCGAGGAGCGCGCCGAAGCGGGGAAGAGGAGCGACGCGGAGGAGGACGAGCCCGCCGCUGCCGACGCAGGGGGGGCUCUUAUGUCCGGAGACACGCCCCUUUCCCCGACCACCUUCAUCAACUCCAUCCUGCAGGACGGCGACGCGCUGACGGGCAAGUCGAGACGGCUCCGGCGCGGUCUAGUGGUCGAGCUUCUGGCGUCGACCCGCAAAUCAUCCUCUCCUCCUUUCCGAUGGUUCCAGCUCCCAGGCCCCGCCCGGCCACCGCCCACCCGGACCCGGCGCCGACGUGUCAGACGCUCGUGUGCCUCGAUAAAAUACGGCCCGCUUAGCGCGCGCCUGCGUUUCAGGUCGGAAUUGUCGGAUCACAUCGAGACGAUCGACAACAGCCUGGAAAACCUGCAGAACGUUCUCAACAGCCAAAGUUUCACCUUUGACGCCUCGCCGCUGAUGGAGUUCUUCAAUCCGCCGGCCGACUUUGACAUCGGCGCUUUGGACACCCUUCUGUGCGACGGCUCGCCCAAAGGAGCCGAGGAAAGCGACGACGCCGGAAAGCAGCUGGUGCAGUACACGCCCGCGACGAUUUUCGAGCCGGUCGCAGCGGACGGGGCUGACCUGCCGUCGUUCCUGGAUUUGGAGGCGGAGCCUUUCCUCGGCUCUGACCCGAGCGCCGGCUACAACUCUGACCUCUGACGUGAUGAGGAAGGGACUCCUCCGUUCCCGUGAUGACCGUCGGGUCCAAGGUCACCGUUUUGACUAUGCAGACAACGCGUCAGUCGUCUUUUCUUUGCUUUUAUUACAUCAGAAAGAACAGAAUAUUUUUGGAAACAUUGAUUACAUAUUUAUUCCGCUAUGCUGGAAACCCCCAUUAAACACCUUUGUGCAUA